AUGUAAGGCCACUUGUUCUACUCAACAGCAAUCAACAACCUUCUUUAAGAAGGAGCAAUUAUCCUCUUCGCACUUUGUCAGUCUGCUAAUAUCAAAGCACUUUCCUUUCCUGUCCUCCCUCCCUGUUCUCUACUUCUCCUCCAUUUUCAACGUCAAAAAAUAGCAUCAACCAUGUACAUUCCUUGUGGAAGAUCUAAGCCCCUGCAUGUUCUUUUAUUCGUUUCGACUCUUGUCUUUGUCCUGCUUUUGUCGGUGGCUAUCCUAAAAAAGAGCCCCAAAACCGCAAAAAUCCAGCAUUUUCACGUCCACAAUCAUCUCCAAAUUGCUCACUCAGCAUGUCAAGGCACAUUAUACCCCGACCUUUGCGUCUCAACCAUCUCUGUUCUCCCAGAUCUCGCCUCCAAAUCACUUCCAGAGCUCAUCUCAGCAAUCUUGAACCAGACAAUGUACGAGGUCAGACUCGCCUCCGCAAAUUGCACCAACAUUGAAAGGAGGUUCAAAAGUUACAACACAUUAGAAGAAAGAGCUAUAAACGAUUGCCUGGAGCUUUUCGACAACACCCUGGCGGAGCUCAAAGUAGCCCUCGCUGAUCUCACCCCGAAGAAAUUAGCAGUCUCGAAUAACUACCACGACUUGCAGACUUUGUUGAGCGCUGCAAUGACGAACCAGUACACAUGUCUUGAUGGGUUUUCUCAUAGCAAAGGAAAUAUUAAGAACAUUAUCAAAAAAGGUCUGCACAACAUCUCUCAUCACGUCAGUAACUCUCUCGUCAUGCUCAACAAAGUCCCCGGUGUGAACAAAUCCAAAUCCGAGGUUUUCCCUGAAUACGGACGUGUGAAAAACGGGUUCCCCACAUGGUUAUCCUCGAAAGAUCGAAAACUGCUACAGGCUUCAGUUAAUGAAACCAAGUUCGAUCUGAUAGUUGCCAAAGACGGCACUGGAAACUUCACUAACAUCACCGAUGCUGUUGCCGCCGCUCCGAACAACAGUGACACAAGGUUUGUGAUAUACAUAAAAGCCGGGGCUUAUUUUGAAAAUGUAGAGGUGGAAAGGAAGAAGAAAAUGCUGAUGUUUGUGGGAGAUGGGAUCGGGAAGACAGUGGUGAAGGCGAGCAGAAAUGUCGUCGAUGGCUACACCACUUUCCGUUCUGCAACAGUCGCUGUGGUGGGGAACGGUUUCAUAGCCAAGGAUAUAACAUUUGAAAACUCAGCAGGGCCAAGCAAACACCAGGCGGUGGCUUUAAGGAGUGGGUCAGAUCUCUCUGCAUUUUACAAGUGCAGCUUCGUUGGCUACCAGGACACUCUCUACGCCCAUUCCCUCAGGCAAUUCUACCGCGACUGUGACAUAUACGGGACAAUUGACUUCGUCUUUGGAAACGCUGCUGCGGUUUUCCAAGAGUGUAAUUUAUAUGCUCGUAAACCGAAUCCAAACCAAAAGAACAUUUUCACAGCUCAAGGGAGAGAAGACCCUAACCAGAACACUGGGAUUUCAAUUUUGAACAGUAAGAUUGCCGCUGCUGCGGAUUUGAUCCCGGUCAAAUCAUCGUUCAAGACAUACUUGGGGCGUCCCUGGAAAGAGUAUUCCAGGACAGUUAUUAUGCGAUCAUACAUUGAUGAUUCGGUGGAUCCUGCUGGGUGGUUAGAAUGGAAUGCUACAUUUGCUUUGAGUACCCUUUAUUAUGGGGAGUAUUUGAACAGAGGCCCGGGGUCGAAUACGAGUGCGAGGGUUACUUGGCCUGGUUAUAGGGUCAUCAACAGCUCGACUGAGGCAAGUCAGUUCACGGUUGGGACAUUUAUACAAGGAAAUGAGUGGUUAAAUUCCACUAAUAUUCCAUUCUCUCUCAAUUUGAGUUGAACCUCGAAAGCCAAAUGUUACUAUUUAUUUUUUUUUUUGGUAAUUUGAUUUUGUCCUGGUUUGGUCAAGUAGCCGAACCGCAUUUUGAUCAGCUACCAUCACAAGUCAAAUUGCUUUUUUACUAGAAUUAAUAAAAAGCUGUAUUAAUUCAUUUGAGAAUUACAGUUAUUGUUAUAUGCAAUAUUUCAAAUUUAAAUUCA